AUGAAAGUUCUUUGUCUUCUAUUUUCACUCCGUAGCUCGUCAAUCCCGGUGUUGCCAUACAAAAAAAUCGCUACAAGUAUUACUAAUACUGUGUCACUGCCACAACAAUGCUACAAUUAUACAACGAUCGUGAAUGAAACACGUUUAACAACAGAUCUUCUGAUAUUUCGACAAUACGUUCGAUUUGUCAAUCCCAGUGGCACACAAUUAGCUACAACAACACCGAAUAAUGCUUCAGGUUGGACAAUUUCAGGAUAUCCAUCAAUUGCUGGCUUAACGAUAGAUGUUAUUGUCUGUUUUGCAUUCGAUGAUAAUCCAUGUUUUGGUUAUAUCUACGGCAUUCAAAUAACGAAUUGCAAUCGAUUUUAUGUUCAUGGAUUAUACGCAGCUCCCGUAUGCUAUUAUCGAUACUGUACACAAUGA